GGACACGGGACACAUUCACUACCAAAACAGACGGCACACGUGAAUGCAUUCCCAGAAUUUAGUGACACUUUCGACGGACGACAGCACCCCGAGUCAUUGACCAUUCUUUAGAAGAGGCAUUUGUAGUUCCAUUUGUGUUCAGAUUUGGAAGACAAAGUAAGAUGGAUAGCGACACGUUACCCAAAGGAUCCCCCUUCAUCACGGAUAUCUCGACCGAGAACGUUCCGGUGAUCGCCCCGGAGAACGUGUCGUUUGGCAGGAAGGUGCUGCGCUUCCUCAAGAAGAACGCUCUGUUGAUCUGCCUCGUCUUCUCUCUGUUCCUCGGGAUCGCCAUGGGCGCCGGACUCCGGUCUCUAGACCCUCCCCUCAACAAGGCUGAGAUCGGCUACCUGAAGUUCCCGGGGGACCUCCUCAUGAACAUGUUGAAGAUGUUGAUCCUCCCUCUCAUCGUGUCCAGCCUCAUCUCCGGGCUCACUGCACUCGAUACCCGAGCGUCCGGCAAGAUGGGCGCCUUCGCCGUCAUCUACUACCUGACGACCACACUGGCGGCCGUCAUCCUUGGCAUCAUCCUUGUGGCCAGCAUCCAACCCGGACACAGAGGAGGCGGAUCCGACGAUUACGCCAGGACAGGGGAGGCGAAGAUUGUCAAACCAGCCGACACUUUCCUCGACCUGCUCAGACAAUGUUUCCCGGACAACCUGGUGGAAUCCGCCUUUCAGAAGCCUGUUACCAAGCAAUUCGAGGUAAAGCCUGAUCCAGAAGAAUCUUCUAACAUAACCACUACCAUGGCAACGACAAAUGAGACAGUUAAAGUCGAGAAGCAGUACGAGUCGAGGACGGUGAAGGUUCCAGGAAUGAACGUGCUGGGUCUGGUGGUUUUCUCCAUCGCGUUAGGCAUCAUCCUCGGCAAGAUGGGAGAGAAGGGGAAGCCCCUGAAGGACCUGUUCGACUGCCUGUGCGAGGCCACCAUGAAACUUGUCCACAUCGUGAUCUGGUAUUCUCCUAUCGGAGUGAUGUUCCUGGUCGCGGCCAAGGUGGUUGAGAUGGAGGACAUCGAACGGACGUUCAAACAGCUCCUCUUCUACAUGAUCACCAUCAUGUGUGGUCUGAUUGCACACGGCUUCAUCACCCUGCCCAUCAUAUACGCCGUCAUAGUGAGGAAAAACCCGUACAAAUACCUGCUGGGAGUCUUGCAGGCCUUACUCACCGCGAUUGGGACGUCGUCCAGGUUGCACGGCAGUCUGAUGGAUGUCGCACGUGAGUCGCUAGGAGUCGCACGGCUCGGCUCCCUUCAGACUCCCGUGCGACCUAUCAUACUGCCGUGCGACUGCUGUGCAACCCUCAUGCGACCAAUGCGAACUAUGCGAACCGUGCAACAGCCGUAUGGAAAUGUUCAACAUUUGAAAAAACUCGCACGGGCAUGUGACCCGUCCGAAUUACACACGACACCUCUACAACCUGUGCGAAUCACCAACAUACUGCCCUGUGACUCCCGUACGCCCUGUACGAUUUGGUAG